ACAAUGCUGCUGAGACCGCGGAGGCGCACUGAGCCGAGCAGAGCGAUGAAAUGCUCCCAUCGAGGAGAACACAGAUGGACAGUCUAGUUCAGCCGCUCGUCGCCCAGUACCUCGCCAUGGGAUGUCAAUCAAAAGAAAACUGCCAAAACGAAAGUAUAACGUCGGACGAAAAGGGAAAGGACGAUGCGAGAGUGACUCCAGGAUGCAGCUCCAGGCCUAGAGUUUCUCCUCCAGGCCGUCCUCACAGGUUCCACAAACCCAGCCCGGCCCAGCCCGUACCCAGUAAAUCCAUGAUGUCUCUGGGUGCCCUCACCAAAGGGGGGAGCUGGGAGGAGCUCAUCCAGGCCUGUCUGCAGUCCUUCGACCCAGAUGGUUGUGUGUGUGGGAGCAGACACCUGUUGAACAUCACCCUGACCAUGCACCGUAUCCACAUCUCCUCCAGUGAUCUGCUGGACAAACUCACCACUCUAUUUAAAAUAGCGAUGGACAAUGAGCAGCCAACAGAGUGCCAGAAGAUAUGCUACCUCAUCAGGUAUUGGAUCCAGGAAUUCUGGAUGAUGUUCCGGUUGCACCACAGCUUGUCAGACAGCCUGGAUGAGUUCCGGGAGCUGAUCCGAGAGCAGGGACAGGAGCAUCUUUGCUCUCUCCUCGAGACCAAAUGGAUAAAUGAACGGGACUGGUCGUGGAAGGCCAGCCAGAAGAUCAAAGCUAAUAGCAGUAAAAAGAGGAAGGUCUCUCUUCUUUUUGAUCACCUGGAGCCCAUUGAGCUGGCUGAGCAUCUCACCUUCCUGGAAUUCAAGUCCUUUUGCAGGAUAUCAUUUGUAGACUAUCAGAAUUACAUUCGAAGCUGCUGCAUAAAGGACAUCCCCGUGAUGGAGCGUUCCAUCGCCUUGUGUAAUGGUAUCUCCCAGUGGGUUCAGCUGAUGGUGCUGAGCAGGCCGACCGCUCAGCUUAGAGCUGAGGUUUUCACCAAGUUUAUCCACGUGGCACAGAGUCUACAUCUUAUGCACAAUUACAACACACUAAUGGCGGUGGUUGGAGGGCUUUGUCACAGCUCGAUCUCCAGACUGAAGGACACCACCUCACAUGUACCCAAUGAGGUCACCAAGGAAUUGAACGAGAUGACAGACCUGCUGUCCUCUUGCAGAAACUAUGACAACUAUAGACAAGCGUACAACAGGUGUACAGGUUUUAAAAUCCCUAUCCUUGGCGUCCAUCUCAAAGAUCUGAUUUCGGUCAACGAAGCCAUGUCAGACUAUGUGGAGGACAAUAAGGUGAAUAUCCAGAAGCUCCAGGCACUCUACAGCCACAUUAAUGAGCUGAUCCAGCUCCAGCAAAUCCCUCCCAGGCUGGACGCUAACAAGGACCUGGUCCAUCUGUUGACGCUCUCCUUGGACCUUUACUACACUGAGGAUGAGAUAUAUGAACUGUCUUACACCAGGGAGCCCAAGAACUGUAAAACACUUCCAGCCACCCCCUCUAGACCUCCAGUGGUUGUGGACUGGGCACCAGGAGUGGCUCCCAAACCCGACCCCCGAACCAUCAGCAAACAUGUGCAGAGAAUGGUGGACUCCGUGUUUAAGAACUACGAUCACGACGAGAACGGCUUCAUUUCUCAUGUAGAAUUUGAGAAAAUUGCUGCUAGCUUUCCGUUUUCCUUCUGUGUCAUGGACAAAGAGAAAGAAGGCCUCAUUAGCAGAAAGGAGAUCACUGCCUAUUUCAUGCGGGCCAGUGUCAUCUGCUCCAAACUGGGUCUUGGCUUUGUCCACAACUUCCAGGAGACCACUUACAUGAAACCCACCUUCUGUGACAACUGCUCAGGAUUUUUGUGGGGUGUCAUCAAACAAGGCUACAGAUGCAAAGACUGCGGGAUGAACUGCCACAAGCUGUGCAAGGACCAGGUGGCGUUUGAGUGUAAAAAGAACGCCAAAAUGACCAACGCCAUCGACAGUCCGACGCCGAGCUCCACGCCUGUCACCCUGGGGGUCUCAGAGGGUUCAGAAGAAUGUCCUUUCCCCUACCCGCCAGAUGACGGCAAAGACUGGAGCCCAGACUCCCCAGUCGCCUCCUAUUCGAGUCCUCGAAAGGUCCAUAGUGGCACCCAGACAGAUGGACCCCAACUUUCCUCUGCUGCCCCUGAGGCCAGUGGCCUUCAGCCUUCUCUGUUGGUCCCAGCAGCACCCACGCUCACCUCAUGUCCCAGCCCAGUGCCCCAGAGAAAACUCAGACACUGUGCCAAGUGGGAAAACAGAGCGUCUGUUGCGCUAAAGCCUAAAGAGCCAGAAGAGGAGAACAAACCCACAUAUGAAUCUCUGGAAUCAGAAAACCAGAGACUCCAAAGAGCCAAUGAGACACUACGUAGGAAGCUGAAGGAGGCAGAGCGGGAGGUGGAGAUACUAAAGACACUGCUCAAGAGGCACGCUCUCCACCCUGUGGAGGAGGACUCCUCCUCCUAGACACACACAUACACUGGACCUCCCAUAGGGAGACUGGUGCUGCCCCCCUAUGGCAGCAUGUAUAAAUCUGGAUCCAAUGUUUGUUAUUGGUCAUUAACAGUGCAAGUAUUUUACCAGUAUAUUUGCAAUUUGGCAUCACAUGUUAUAAGUGGGCUACAAUGCUCAUAGCCAGUCGAGGUGUUGCUAAUGCUAAUGGUACACAGUCAAUCAAAUGAAGCCAAUCAGUAUGUCACCAAUAAUGAGGACAUUUUUGAGGUAUGUAUGUAUUUUUUAAACCAGCUACAGUACAAAAAAUACAGUAAAAAUACUAUAUUGUUAUAUUUAAAGAAGUUGCAAGUGAGCAGAAGGAGCCCCUUUACUGCAUUGUACAGUUCACAGAAGAAUGAAAAUCGUUGCAAUGAGCAUUACUCACUUUUUUUAGUGAACCAUUAAGAGUGGUUGCAGUUGGAAUGGAGUUCCCUUUGUUAAAGGUAAACAUAAAAAACAUUGAAUGAAGGAGUGCCGUAUUUUAGGUUGAAAUAGGGCAGAAUGUGUUUGAUCAGUUGAUCAAUAAUGAGACUAUAUAUUUAUGUUAAACAUAAAAUGGAAAUCAGAGGAAAACAAGAAGUUUAUUGUGUAUAUCACAGGUGCAUCAUUAUAAAUACUUAUAUUAAAGAAUAGGGCCCACUGAUUAUAGCAGCAGAAGGAAGGUUGGAGGCCUCAGAUGUACAGAACUGGCAUUGCUCUGCAUCAUUGUUCAUAUCAAUGCACAAGCUGUUGUCAGUGCUUCUGUUGAUAUUUAUUGUCUCAAACACUACAUAGUUCAUAUAGAGAGUGACAGAAAUGAACAGUUUGUACAGCAUACUGGUACUUUCAGUGAAUUAUUUAUGCUUGUGCAUGUUGGCAUCAUAUUGAUAUUUUUAUUAUUCAUUGUGCAGCCAUGUCAUGUUAUUGUGUGGUCCACUGUAGCAGUGUUGUACUGUGAGUCAAGAUACAUGUGUUUGUAAUGCGUGUGAUGUACUGUAAAUACAAAGUAUACACAGUGCCAUCUUAAUUAAGUCGAGGUUCAUGCUUUCUCUCAGUAUUGUUCUCUUAUUGGUAUAAUAAAUACUGUAUUCUAUAUAAAAGCAUUGCUUGUGU